UUGUUUACGAAGGGGGUGUGCGGCACUUACAUUCACUGAACUGUAGCCAGUCGAUACCAGUUCAUGAACUCGGAUAAGAAACUAUUCUAUUGUUUGGGAAAAAGCUUUCAUUGGACGUAGUCAACCGUAGCUGUUAAAUAUUCCGAGGAUGUAAGAGGAUUUUGGAUUCCCUAUCUGUCGUUCCAUUGCUUAUUGAGGAGGCGGAUGAUACCAACAAGAUGCAAUACAUCAACGUCGCUGAAGACAUGUGCAGAAAUGGGUCUGUGGUGGCACUGCAGUGUGGCUCCCUGACAGCAGAGUGUGUGGUCCAGACCGGGUCCCAGAGACCGUCUUUCCCCUCUCUCACCCACGCAACGGCAUCCUACAACACCACACACACGGCAGGUUCACUGGCCAACUCAACAGAAUCCUUCAAUUCAGCACAGUUGAUAGGCGACGCAGCUCAAGUCUCCAGCUACAACCUGUCACUGGGCGUAAUCCUGGCAAUCUUUUCGGCCUUCUUGAUAGGUUCAAGUGUGAUUGUCAAGAAGAAAGCCCUUCUGCAAUUGGCCAGACAGGGCCAUACCAGAGCAGGUAAUGGAGGUCAUGGGUAUCUUAAGGACUGGUUAUGGUGGGGUGGUCUUCUAACCAUGGGUUUAGGGGAGGUGGCUAACUUUGUGGCGUAUCUCUUCGCACCUGCUACUGUGGUGACUCCCCUCGGUGCCCUCAGUGUCCUCAUUAGUGCAGUUCUGUCCUCCUACCUGUUGGGGGAGACACUUAACCUGGUGGGAAAGCUGGGUUGCCUCCUGUGUAUACUGGGCAGCACGCUCAUGGUCAUCCAUGCCCCAAAAGAGGAGGAAGUGACAUCACUUCAGGAGAUGACUGUGAAACUCCUUGAGCCAGGGUUCCUGGUGUAUGCGUCCUUCGUGCUGGUGUGCUGUGCGGUACUGGUGUGCUACGUGGCUCCUCGUGUGGGACACAGCAACAUCCUGGUGUACAUCAGUAUCUGCUCUCUGCUGGGAGCCUUCACCGUGUCCUCUGUUAAGGGCCUGGGCAUUGCCAUACGCACAGUCUUCUCUGAUGCCUCUGUGAUUGGUCAUCCUCUUACCUGGAUUCUACUCAUCGCCCUCAUUGCCUCAAUAUUAACACAGGUGAACUAUCUCAACAAGGCUCUGGACACGUUCAACACCCUGCUGGUCUACCCCAUCUACUACGUGUUCUUCACCUCGGUGGUGCUGUCCAGCUCCGUCAUCCUCUUCCAGGAGUGGAGCACCAUGGCCGGUGUUGACGUGGCCGCCACGCUGGGCGCCUUCCUGGUCAUCGUCGUGGGCGUGGCCAUGCUCCACCUCUUCAAGGAUGUGGAGAUAAGCGUUCACCAGCUGAUUGGUCAACUGCCUACGAGGGCGAAGACGGAGGAGCGAAGUGAGGAGAGGAUACCACCUACUGAAGGAGGAGGAGGAGGGAGCAAAAAAGAAGAUAAAUCUGGACUGAUUGACAACAUCUACAUAGAGAGCCUUCCUCCUAUGAGAGAGGAGGGUCCAAGGGUCUUCAUCAUCAGCUGAGAGGCAGAGUGAAGGCAUCAGAAUACACACCAUGGGUUUUGGUUAGAUCAUUUCAUGCCUUUUGUUUGACAAACUAGAUCAGCACCUGUAUUUCAAUUGGUCAAGAAAUGAUUUCCUUUUGUAAUACUGUCUUUGGUUGGUCCAUGAUAGUGGAGAGGGCUCGAAUAGCAUUCAAUUGAAUGCAUAAUGUAUGAUUCACACAAUCCAUAAGGAUUCAUGCCAAUGAUUAAACCUUAGCCAAAAGCGUUUGUUAGAGCCCGCUCACUUCCCCUUUUAGCUAAUGUUUUUUGCUUGCAUUACCAUUCCUGACCAGUAUUAAAAACAUCAGAAGUGAAAACAUUCUCCUCUGUGUAUGACCCCAGCACAAAUAUCUGGUCUAAUGGUCUAAAAUAACCCCUUUAUACCUAUACCAUCACAUUAUGGGAUAAAUCCCCUGGUUUUCCUCUUAUUAACCCAAACUCUUUACAUUUCAUCGAAGUUCAAACAUUUGAUGUCUCAACAUUUAUGUACACAUGUUUAUGUUAUUAUUUGAACCGUCUUAUGAAGGCUUCCGGUUGUCACCAUCUCAAUGUGAAGUGUUCAGAGGCGGAGUGGCCAUCGCUCCCGGUAUGAAAAAGUGCCCCACUCUGCCCCUGGAAGUGUUGACUGAAACCCAGUGAUCCCAGCUGGAUGGACAGCAGAGCCUUCAGUGCAGAGUGGGGGGAGUCCGACACAGGAACACUGUGUUGGACACUUGUGUUUUACACACACGCACACUGCUGUCCACUCACAGUGUAGCCCCCUGCUCAUAGCUCCUCUCUCUAUGACGCUCUGAUGGCUCAUCCCUGGGACUCUGAAACCCUGCACCACCCCUACCUCACCGCCUUUCAGCACUGCCACCAUCACUUUGGAUUGUUAUUAAAACGAUUUGAAGUGGUGGGGAGCUCCAAACCACUCAAAGCCCACCCACCCAUGGCCUAGUCAGCCUACAGAGAAUUCAAAUGAAUAUGUAAACAAAAGUGAUGGUGGCAGUAAAGAUAAAUGAAUGACUUAGUGCAGCUGGGAUGACAGCAUAAUUCACCUCUUGUAUCACCGAAAUGAUUGUACAUAUCGUACAUAUUGUGCGAUCAUCAUAAUUAGCAUUGCUUUUAGCAUUGGUGAGUAGUAUGCAUGCUGUGUAUCCUAUACAGUACAAGUGGGGAUUCACACAUGACAUUCCAUAGGUCGAGAGUGGUGUAAAUAAUUGAGUGCCUUGCCCCAUGUCACUUCUCCUGGUGUUAUGAAUUGAUUUAAUCCAGUACUAUUCUUCAGCUUGUGGACAGUCAAUCGUGUUAAUAAAGAAACUUG